AUAAAUGAAAAAAAACAGGGCAAGCAUAAAAAAGUGUGCAUAAGUAAAUGAAGAUAACAGGCUGUUACUCAUAAGUUCUACGGCAUCAUUAAACUUAAAACCGCCGUGUUUUCAUAGUCUGCGCGUUUGUGCGACAGUCAGGAUAUGGUCGUCAUCAUAAAAUGUGAAAUAAAGUAAACAAAUUUGCCAUUAGCACACACAUUUACAUUACAUGUGUGUCAGAAAAAAAAAUAAAUAGCAUUACAAAAAGUGCUUGCGUGUAUAUAGAAAACGAAAACAAUAACAAAAAACAAGUUUGGUGAACAAAGAAAAAUACGACAAGCUGUUACCUCAUUUCGAGCACUUCUCCAAGAAUCGAUAAAGUUGGUUCGUUACAAGCAUUCCACCUCUUAAAUCAACAAUGACGAGAGCGGAAACAUUUGGAAAAUAAUCAACUCUUGACUAAACAUAUAUAUCUACGCAAUGACGCGCGUGGGUUGUAAUAAAAGCAAAAACGGGAAAUUUCUCCGAAAAUAAAACUUGCGCUUUUAAGUAUAGAGAGGUAAAGGGCGAAACUGUGCAAGUGUUUUUGGCAGUGUUAACGUACGCAAAUUGCUGUCGAAAAUUAAAAGGCAAUCAUGUUGAUGGAUUGUAUACGUCGUUUCGGUUUGCUCUUCAGCACGCACCUGCUCCUGCUAAUGCUACUAGAAACCAAAACAAUAUGUGGUGAUGUGCCGCCACACUACUGGGAAACACCCUAUUCACAGCCCUAUUUUGACAACUCGUCGAGACGGGAAGUGACAGCGACGGUCGGGCAGGCUGCAUUACUGCAUUGUCGUGUACGCAAUUUAGGCGAUAGAGCGGUAUCUUGGAUACGUAAACGUGACUUACAUAUACUGACCGUUGGCAUACUCACCUAUACGAAUGACCAACGCUUUCAAUCGCUGCACACCGAAGGCUCCGAUGAGUGGACAUUAAGGAUAUCUUCGCCACAGCCAAGAGAUUCCGGCACCUAUGAGUGUCAAGUGUCUACAGAACCGAAGAUAAGUCAAGGAUUUCGACUGAAUGUAGUUGUGUCGCGCGCAAAAAUCCUUGGCAAUUCGGAGCUUUUCAUCAAAAGCGGUAGUGACAUAAAUCUCACCUGUCUCGCCAUGCAAUCGCCCAUACCGCCCUCCUUUAUUUAUUGGUAUAAGGGUAAGCGUGUGAUGAAUUAUUUACAACGAGGUGGCAUCAAUGUCAUAACGGAACGUUCGACGCGCACCAGUAAAUUAUUGAUAGCCAAGGCAACGCCAGCCGAUUCGGGAAACUAUACAUGUUCGCCGAGUAGUUCAGAUUCUGCCUCGGUGGUGGUGCACGUCAUCAACGGCGAACAUCCGGCUGCCAUGCAACACGGCAAUAGCAGUGCUAAUCGCCUUUCCAACCCGCUGCACGGCAUCGUCCAACGAGUAGCACAACGCGCGUUCACCACACUUGCCGCAAGCUUGACCACAGUGACAGCGGUAAUAACAACAAGAACGCCAACGACGAUAACAACAACAACAACAACAACUACAGCUACAACAACAUUAGCAGCAACAUCAUGCCGAUGUGAACAUCUUCUGGUCACCGGCGUAUUGGAGCGACAGACAGUAUGGCUGUGGCUCGUAUUGCUGCUGCGGAGCGUGCUACAACGGUUACUACACGCCGCGGCCACAACAAAUUGGUGCAUCGUGGCAUUGGGCUGGUUGCUCUCCAAGUGGACACUGCAAUGCGGUCAAUGGCAGCAAAAACAAAUGUCAUUACAACAACAAAGACAGAGAACAAAACAGACCGAUAGACGGAGACGAAGACAGCGGCAGAGGCAGAGACAGAGACAGGUGGAAUUGGAGCAGCAGCAGCAACAGCAAGUAAGACAGCCACUAGAGGGCUGCUGUUGGUGUUGGUGGCAUUGGCGACGAUGGAGUGUUGGCGCUUCGUUGAUCAGGUGAUUGGAAAAUUGAGCAAGUGAAUGAAAAGAAUGAGGGGAAGUGGGAAAAGUGGAAGUGUGUAAAAGAGAGCAGUUUAACUGUGACCUUACAUACCAACAUACGAGUAUGUAUGUAAAUAUAUAUGGAAAUAGUAAUUAUAUUUGUAAUUGUAUUGUGUAUAUUUUUUUUUACUAAUAGACAAACUCUGCACAAAUUAAACUACAAGCAAACUAAAAAUAUAUUUGCUGGGUUUGUCACACGGAAAACGAGAUAUUUGUUUCCUUAAACAUAUUUACUUUAAUACAAAUUUUCUACUUCCUCUUCAACAAAACUGAAAAUCGGUUAUUAAUUUGAACUUUGUAGUGUCGAUCUACUCAAUACUUUCGCUUCGUUUGAAGCUCAUUUUUCUAUGGACGCUGCAAGCGUCCUAAACUUGCCUUGAAACUUAUCAAAAGCCAAGUAACGAAUGCUGAAGAAUUUAGCCAACAACUGCUUGUAAGCUUGGCUACUGCAAUUUUUCUUAACUUUAAGAGCAGUCUCACUUUCAGUGGGACACACGUUGCACAAUAAAUCAAUAUAAGAAAACAUAUGUGAAAACCUUGCUAUGUAGGAAUGUGUACAUAUAAUAGAAAUGUUUGCUUGACAUAAAAAUAUAUGUACAUACUCGCAUAUUCACAUGUUAGUCUGGCCACACUGUUUUAAUAUUAAAUUAGUGUGAUUGAGUUGCAUUGAAUUGCAAUGAACUGAUUUGUAACGAUACACACACACACACAUACAGUCAUUUUAUUGACAAUGAAGGACCUUUAGUUCAACCACAAUAUAUAUAUAUA